ACUCAAAAGCGUUUCAUUGCUUUUCAUUUUGAUUACGAUUACAGAGUUGUGAAGAAGUGUUGCCAUCAAUGGAUAGCAAGUGUCCGCCCGUCGCCAACGCCGGCGCCGCUGAUCCCAAAGAGGCCAAAGAUGUGGUUCAGUUCGUGCAAACACUGCUGCAGUCGGUCGAAGACAAGUUCCAGCAAAUGUCUGACCAGAUCCUGAGCCGAAUCGAUGAAAUGGGACACAGAAUCGACGACUUGGAGCACAAUCUAAAUGAAUUGGUCUCACAAUCGGAGGUUAAUAAUGAAGACAAUGUCAACACUAAUCAUAUGAUUAAUUCAAACGCUCAACAAAUCAACAAAUAAUGCAAUACUUAUAUUCAUUUAUAAAACAUUAUUAUUAUUAUUUUUGCCAUU